AUGCCUGAAGGAUGGAGCUGGUUUACAGGCCAUCUCCUCACCCUCCCAAAAUACGUUGAUCGCCUCCCACCAGAUGCAAAUGUCAACCUCGCCAUGCUCGAUCUGGCCCGUGAAUUCUCAGACACCGAGGUGUUCUUGAUGGAUUUUUGGCCUGUAUACCCGCCGCUCCCCAUGGUAUACGACCCAGACACUUCCAUUCAGAUAUCAACCAAAUAUAACUUGCCAAAAACCGAUAUGCAUCUGCAGUUUAUGGAACCUAUCACUGGAGGACCAAAUCUCCUCUCAAUGGGUGGUGAAGAGUGGAAGAAUUGGAGGUCGCUAUUCAAUCCUGGAUUCAGUUCAGGCGCCCUCAUGGACAGCGUACCUCACAUCGUGAAUCCAAUUCAGGUUUUCUGUGAUAAACUAAAGGAACAGUCGGGUAAAGGAUUGGUUGAACUUGACAGUAUGACGACGAGAUUGACUAUGGACGUUAUUAUCAAGGUAACUUUGUAAGUUAUCUCAUAUCCCCUCACCAAUUUUCUGGCUAAUAUAUAUCUUUUCAGAGAUGCGGAUCUGGAUUAUCAACGCUCCGAGAAUGAACUUGCAACUGCGUUAGGAUACAUAACAAGAUUGCAUUCCUUCUGGGAUCUACGCAUUCUUAUGCACCCGCUUCGGCCAUUCAUUCAGACGUACUACGGCUGGGUAAUGAAGAAUUACAUCCGAAAAGAGCUGAACCAACGAUUCCGAGACAUGCAAGAGGGAAAAUUCAACAGUGACGUUUUAAGGCAGUCCAAUGCCACCAAAUCUGUUGUGACUCUAGCUAUCGAAGCUUACAUCCAAGAAAACAAAAGCAGAAACCUCUUACAGCAGUCAGAAAUCGAAGACAGUUUUUCACAAUAUGUUGUCUACCAGAUCAGACUAUUUCUCUUUGCAGGCAACGACACCACGUCUUCGACCAUUGUAUAUGUAUACCAUCUUCUGUCUCAGAAUCCGGAGGCACUGGCUUUACUGCGAAAAGAACACGAUGAUGUAUUCGGAACAGAUACCAGCCACGCCGCGAAAAUGCUAAAAGAUCAACCCGCUUUGCUGAAUAAGUGUUCAUACACACUCGCCGUAAUCAAAGAAACACUCCGUCUCUACCCCCCAGCAGGAACCAUGCGCUCCGGCCAGGCGGGUGUCACACUUCACGGCCGUCACGGAAACAGCUACCCAAUGGACUACAUAGGAACAACUGUUCUCCACCAAGCUGUUCACAGUAUCCCCCGUGUCUGGCCUUAUCCCGAGAAAUUCCUACCGGAACGUUUCAUAGUAGAUGUUAGACACGAGCUAUAUCACAACCCUGGCGCGUUCCGGCCCUUCGAACAAGGACCAAGGAAUUAUAUCGGGCAGACUUUGGUAUAUAAUGAGAUUAGAACGGUCAUGAUCAUGACUACGAGGACAUUCGAUAUUAGACCUGCUUAUGAGGAGUGGGACAAGAUUAAGAAGCGAGACAUGGGUCUUUUGUCUCGUACCAAGACGAGGGUCUUAGGAGAGCCGGUAAGGACUGUUAAUGGAGAUAGGGCGUAUCAGACUGAGAAGGCGGGGACGCAUCCUGCUGACGGUUAUCCUUGUCGAAUAUCUUUGGUCGAUAGUAGGAAAGAUGCAAUGGCGUGA